AACAGCUGAUUGGUCGCCGGGGGAUCACGUGGGCUAAAAUGAGGGAACGGUGAACCGGAAGCGGACUGAUCGAACCCUUUCGCAAGUGUUUUGUUCAUUCCUUGUUUCAGCAGUUACCGGCAAAAUGGUGGAUGAUGAAGACAACGGCAUUGCUGGAGCCUUAAAAGAUCAUAUUCUUGAAGUGAUAUUUUCUUAUCUGGACUUACACGAUUUAAGAAAUUGUUCUUUAGUGUGCAAGAAUUGGUAUAGGAUCCUGAAUGACGAGAAUAACGACGUGUGGAGAUUACAUUGUGUCAACAAACUUGCCGAGGACGCAAUGACGUCCGAUUUGUUGUCGUCUGUGCCAACGUACAAGGCGAAACUUCGAGGAUUCUAUCAUGCUUGGAACCCACACGACUGUUCCAGGAAUGUGUACAUAAAACCUAACGGGUUCACACUUCAUCGAAACCCCGUCGCACAGAGCACCGAUGCGUCAAGAGGCAAAAUGGGGUUUCGACACGGUAGACACGCCUGGGAAGUGAUUUGGGAAGGACCUUUGGGCACUGUCGCUGUCAUUGGAAUCGCGACGAAGGAAGCUCCUUUGCAGUGCCAUGGGUACGUCGCCCUUUUGGGGUCGGAUGACCAAAGUUGGGGGUGGAACUUGGUUGACAAUCACCUUCUGCACAACGGCAACUCACAGGGCAACUACCCCCUCCUCAAUAACGCCCCCAAGUACCAGGUAGGAGAAAGAAUUCGAGUAAUUUUAGACUGUGAGGACAACACUCUUUCAUUUGAGAAAAAUUAUGAAUUUCUGGGUGUAGCAUUUAGAGGGCUUCCAGGGCAGCAGCCUUUAUACCCCGCUGUGUCAGCAGUCUAUGGUAAUACUGAAGUGUCAAUGGUUUAUUUAGGUCCUCCUAUGGAUGGCUAGGUGUUUAUUUUUAAAAUUAUAGAACAUUGUGUCUAUUGUUUUUGAGAGUGACUUGACUAGAGCUAACAUAUUUUGUAACAUCAUUUUGACAAGUAAAAUAACAUAAGGAGGAAAAAGUUAUCUGAUAUAAGGCUUGUUACGACUUAUCUGGUCAGUUGUUCUUUCCCAAAUUGACAUGAAAGAUAUCUCUGGUGUUGAAUAUCUUACUCAUUAACGUUUUUGAUACAAUUCAGACACAACUCGAUAAUUUAUGCUGUUCUUAGUGUACAACCAUUGUUUUCUUUCUGUGUUUAACUAUUUUGUCCUAUCUAUCUAGUGGAGGCUAGUCCAAAGUCGGAGAGCAGGGUAUGGGACAUUCAUUAGUGUAUCAUUGGGAGGAAAUUUAUCUCACCAACUCAUGUUGUCAUUUUAUUCUAAGUGUACUUGAAUCAUGUUUCUGUUUUAAGUUUGCAUCAGCCCAAACUUAAUAACCUUUUUUUUUUAAAGCAUCUUAUGAAUAAGGUAUUUUACACUGUCAAAAUGUAUGUAUUUGUCAUUGCAUCAGCACCUAUCACAACUUGAUUCACACAACCCUCUGUUUUCCUACAAGGUAUGCAAAUAUUUUUGAGAAGUAGGAUGAAAUCAGUAGACUUAUUCACUAUGUUUUUGUGGCAUCUGUUCAUUUGAUUUUACUUUUGAACUGUAUUAAAUCGGUCGGGUGUUACCCUGAAGAAGUUAAGAUGGCAUUGUUACUUUGUCACUCUGAUAUUAUGUGCUCCAUUCAGCAAUUUAGCACUGAGCCAUUUUGUGUACCAUUUGAUUGGUUCUUGCUUUUUUUUUGUUGUUUCUAUACCAAAGAUAAUAGUCAGGGGUUUGUGAUAUUUUAAUGAAUUGUGGUUCAUAAUAAGUUACAUGAUUGUACUGUACAUAAUUUUUUUUUUAAAUUUAUGUUUAUUUCUUGGUGUUUUCAUACCUGCCUGUAGAUCGUAUUGAACAAUGUUUUUCCAACUUUACUAAACGACUUCGUCGUCAAGAUCUGAUCCCUGUUGCUUCAUCUCACAGUUAACUGUGUCCAUGGAUUUACCUUAGCCCGUGUUUGUCGUAUAACGUUCUGUCAUUAUCUUGUUCCAAAUCAUUUGUCUAUAUGGAAUGUUUUGAUAUUUCUUAUGAUAAUUGUGGUUAUUUAUUUUUGUUUGUAGACAGUUUUGUGGUCAUUCUGUUAAAGCACUGGGUGGCAACGCCCUCCACCUUUCUUGACGCCAAGUCCCCCCUUCCCCCCCUUUCCACUUAAGUUUACUCCGUCGAGAUCCAAAGUACUAAGUCCUAUAGGGCUAAGCUGUUUUGUUAUUACAAUAAUAUGUGACUUGAGGAAGUGUCUAGGCCAGGUUCCAACUCAUAGGCUCAAAAACUUUUAAACACUUUUCUUGUACCCAGAAUGAACUUGGUGUUAGAAUAAGUGUACAGCGUUGCCACCCUGUGGUUAAAGUAGAACAGUUCUGUGGGUAACACUAUUUUGUAACUACUUGGAGACUGAUGCUAUCAAAUUUUCUGCUUGAGCAACUCCUCAUUUUAACUGUUCUUUCAGGUUGUAUUGUCCCUUACAACCUGUCUUCCUUUUCCUGUAGUAUUUUGUUUCUUGGGGACUUAUUCGACCAAAGCCUUAAGAUAGUUUUAACAUUUUAUCAAUAUUAUUGUAGCAUUUGUGAUCCUAACUCAUCAUUUCCCAAUCCCUUCAUUCUAAAUCUGUGGCGUAUGAUAUAUGUAAUCCAAAGAUUUAUCUGUGAAUAUGUAUAUAGUCAUUACCUGUAAUUUCUCCCUUUUGUGACAUUCCAGUCUUAGGUACAAUGAAAUGUCUUAAAAUUUGUUACCUGAAGUUACCUUCAAGAUUAAAAUAGUAGUGAAACACAAGAGUGGUUUUGCUCUUGAGUGCUCUUUAAGCUUGGAUGUUUUAUAUUGUUUUUCUUUUUUUAUUUCACAUUCCAUUUGACAGAGGACUACUGCUCCUCCCAUCACUGGGCUGCUUUCCUAGAGCAAUUCUAGUCAUCCUUCCUCCAUUUCACAUCAAGUCAUGUCAAUGAUGGAUCUCUAUUUAAUAAAUGCAUCCAUCAAGUAAUGUCCUUAAAAAGUUUGUUAAGCCUGUUUAGUUCAAAAUAUUUUCUUGUGGCUCUGCCACGCAAGUCAGUUUAGUUAACAUUUCAUGACUGUCAAUAGGAUGUGAAGAAUAGUCAGCAUCAUGGUGUGCAUGUCUUGUUGUACAACACAUUUUGUGUAUAGUAUAAUGCACUUAUUUUUUAAUGCUUCAAUCGUGUUAAUAAAUUAUUGUUGUUGAGA